AUGGAUGCGCCGGCAACACCUGUCUUACCGGCUAACGGUGAAUAUCCAGAGAUUCCUAUUAUCGAUGACAACGAGAGUCUUGCCGAGGUGAUUCGGAAAUUAGGGAAUUACCUCAAUGUAGCUGUACCUGAUGUUGCAUGUACAUUUGAGCAGCUGAGAUCUUCUGCCUAUGGACACAAGCUCCGACUCCUCAUAGGCUCUCUGGCCGAGAAUUCACACAAUCCUUGGAUUAUAUCUGCUUUGAUGAUCUUGAAAUGGCAGUUAAACAACGAAGACAACGACUCCGAUUGGGGGUUGAAUGAAAGCCGGGGCUAUGCGUGUGAAUACAUCGCCUGGCAGUUUCUUUGUCACCUCACACGACGAGAGAUGAUAGAUGUACUGCUCGAGGAGCUUCCCUCUCCCAGACGAGACUCUGCAACAAUCUCACAGGCCGAGCAAGGCGCAUCUGGACUUGGGUCAAUCUCUCAUGAAGAUGGAGGCAACGAGACAGGAGGUGAAAGGACUCCGCUAUUGUUGAGCUCUUCCUCGUCCCUCUACCGAUUCUUUGUCGGCAAAAGCCACCGAGGUGACUCUUGCGCUGAGGACAAUCGAGGAUCUCGGGGCUGGUAUUAUGAAGAACCUGAACUUCAUCCCUUCUCGCCCUUUUUUGGUCUCAACGCUCUGGAAAUCGCAGCAAUCGCCCAUGCUAAAAAAUUUCUCAGCCAGAAGGCUGUUCAAAGGGUGAUAGACGAUAUCUGGAACGGGGAGAUUGUUUUUUGGGACUCAUUAAGUGUACAUUCUAAGAAGAAGCCUCGGUUUUUUAACAAAAGGACUGCGGAUCCAUACUCAAGAUUAAGAGUUCCAAUGUAUCGAAAAGCGUUUGAGGCCGCUUUUUUUGUUUCUUUCUUGUUCCUAUACUACGCAGUCCUUGUUGAGAGAAAAUCAACCGGCAUAGGCAUUUUCGAGACGUUGAUGUAUGUCUGGAUAGCUGCCUUUGCUUAUGAUGAACUGAGCGGCAUCGUCGACGCGGGGAUGCUCUUCUACCAGAUGGAUUUUUGGAGCCUCUGGAACAUGGGUAUCAUUGCCAUUGGGCUUGCCUUUGUUAUUGCGCGUAUCGUUGGACUGGUCAAAGAGAGCGAUUAUAUCACGGACUUAUCAUUCGACAUACUGUCAUUGGAGGCUUUGUUUUUGGUUCCAAGGAUUUGCUCACUAGUGAGCUUGAACCCGUAUUUUGGCAGCUUGAUACCUGUUUUGAAAGAGAUGACCAAAGCCUUUUUCAGAUUCCUUCCUGUGGUCGUCAUUUUGUACAUUGGGUUCCUGACAACAUUCACUAUGCUUGCCCGUGACCGACUGUCUCUGCGGCAAAUGUCAUGGAUUCUUGUGAAAGUAUUCUUUGGAUCGAGUGUCUUAGGAUUUGACAUCGCAUAUGAUAUUUCCCCGAUUUUUGGCUACGGUUUGAUGCUCUUGUUCGUGUCAAUGACAAAUUUGUUAUUGAUCUCCUCUCUGGUUAGCUUGAUGAGUAUGAGUCUAGAAGGGGUCAUGGCUCAUGCACGGGAAGAGUAUCUUUUCCAGUUAUCCAUUUACGUCCUAGAAAGUAGCAACUCUAGGAGACUAACUUAUUUUAUGCCACCUUUGAACCUCAUUCCACUUCUCUGCAUUCGGCCCCUAAGGCUGUUUUUGUCCGCCGGGCAUAUCCGUCGAGUUCGCAUCGUUCUUCUCCGGGCAACCCACCUUCCUUUUGUUGCCUUGAUCUGGGCUUUUGAGUCUAGCCGCCGCCUUGUUUCGCAACGACACAAUCAUUUUCCCCCUACUCGAGCGACUGGACAGCUUACCGCUUCCAUACAGGCUAACUUCCCUUACUCCACGCACCACGCUCCGCUCCAUGCUUCCACAGUCGAUACGUCGCAGCUGGGUUGUGGGAAAUCCAAGGGAUCGAAUAACGCGGCUCAGCAUGCGGAGGCCCGCGGAGUGGGUGGACUAUCCUCAGGUGAGGCCGGGCGUAAUGACUUGGCGGAUAUGAUCGACGAGCUGGAACGGUUGCGCACCCAAGUGGAGCGCGUGGCAGCUACAGUAGCUUUCCACCAACGAAAUCGACUGUGA